CUUUCAGAAGUUCAUUGCUGAUUACUGUUGAUAUUCAACGGCCAUGACUUUCCGAGUCCACAGGCAAUGAAUGGACAAGCAAUCGUGUGGGAGAGCGCCCCCAGGAAGCUGUGACAGAGGCCGCGGUCUGAGCCGGUGGAUGUCCCUGAUGAGUCACAGACCCUGGCGAAUGCUCCCCGAGGAAGGCGCUUCCACCGCCCUGGAGAGCCCAGCCUACCGGGGGCAUGCAGGCAGCCCACGGAGCCCGGCGGCCCCCGCAGCGCUGAGGGGCGCCCCUCCGGCGUUUCCGUCCAGACUCCCAGCUUCUCCCCAGGAUGUCCUGCAACCGCACGUCCGCGGAGACGUUUGAAUCCCUGCCGCCCAACGGGAGCUACGCGUGGGAGGCGGCGGCGGCGCCGCUCCGGGGCUGCCUGGCCGGCCUCCUGGUGCUGAUGAUCGCGGUGGGCUUCCUCGGCAACUCCGUGGUCUGCGUCAUCGUGUACCAGCGGCCGGCCAUGCGCUCCGCCAUCAACCUGCUGCUGGCCACGCUGGCCUUCUCGGACAUCAUGCUGUCGCUGUGCUGCAUGCCCUUCGCGGCCGCCACGCUGGUCACCGUGCGCUGGCGCUUCGGCGACUCCUUCUGCCGGCUCUCGGCCGCGCUCUACUGGUUCUUCGUCCUGGAGGGCGUGGCCGCCCUGCUCAUCAUCAGCGUGGACCGCUUCCUCAUCAUCGCCCAGCGCCAGGACCGGUUGACCCCGCGGCGGGCCAAGGCGAUCAUCGCCGCGUCCUGGGCGCUGUCCUUCUGCGUGUCGGCGCCCUCGCUGGCUGGCUGGACCCUGGUGGAGGUGCCCGCGCGGGCGCCCCAGUGCGUGCUGGGCUACACCGAGCUCCCGGCCGGCCGUGCCUACGUGGUGACGCUGGUGGUGACCGCCUUCUUCGCGCCCUUUGGCGUCAUGCUGGGCUCCUACCUGGGCAUCCUGCACGCCGUGCGCAAGAAUGCGGUCCGUGUGCGCAACCAGUCGGACACCCUGGACCUGCGGCAGCUCGCCAGGGCCGGCCUGCGGCGGCGCCAGCGGCAGCAGCAGGUCAGCUUGGACUUGAGUUUCAAAACCAAGGCCUUCACCACCAUCCUCAUCCUCUUCGUGGGCUUCUCCCUGUGCUGGCUGCCGCACGCUGUCUACAGCCUCCUGUCCGUGUUCAGCCGGCGGUUCUACUGCAGCCCCUCCUUCUACACCACCAGCUCCUGCGUCCUGUGGCUGGGCUACAUCAAGUCUGUCUUCAACCCCAUCGUCUACUGCUGGAGGAUCAAAAAGUUCCGCGAGGCCUGCAUAGAGCUGCUGCCCCAGACCUUCCAGAUCCUCCCCAGAGUUCCUGAGCGCAUCCGAAGGCGCGUCCAGCCCAGCACCAUCUACACGUGCAAUGAAAACCAGUCGGCUGUCUAGCGAGAGGCGCGCAGAUGGAGGGGGCACAGGGCCUAAGCCAGGACCUGGCUGUCCUGCUCUGCCUCCUGGCAUCUGAGCCCCAGUGGGCAUCCUGUGGCCGCCAAUGAAGCACAAAGGUACUCAUUUGUGAGCAGAGGAGCUGGGCUCCCUUGCAGGGUGAAUGAUUUCCGUGUUCUGCUGCAGGAGAGCAGGGGUGGGUCUAGAUGGAGACUUGGGAGGAAGGUGCUGGGAA